AUGGCAAUCCACAUCUAUCUAGGAUUUCGAUGGAAGUCCUGGUGGUAUAUGUGGUGCAUGAUACUAGGCUGCACCCAUGAGAUUGCUGGCUACAUUGGGCGUGUCCUUAUGUACUAUAACCCAUGGAGCUUUGUGGCAUUCAUUCUUCAAAUUAUCUGCAUCACGCAAGCACCGGUAUUCUUUUGCGCCGCUAUUUACGUGACUCUCUCCCAAACUAUCGCGUACUACUCACCGAAGCUGGCAAGAUUUCCCCCGAAAUAUCUAUACUGGGUUUUCAUUACUUCCGACAUCAUCUCCCUCGGUCUUCAGGGCGCCGGCGGUGGCCUAUCUGCUUCUUCCUCAGGCUCCAGCCAAACUGGGGUGGAUAUUGCGAUGGUCGGCUUGAUCUUGCAAGUUAUUAUGCUUUGCGUGUUCCUCGGGUUAUCCGGUGACUUCGCGAUCAGAUACCUGCGAUCAGACGGGGCCAAGAACAUAGGUACUCGUGGAAAGCUUUUCUUCGGCUUUUUACUUCUUGCCGUUCUGGCCACUCUUGCCCGUUGCAUCUUCCGUGCGGAUGAGCUGAAGGAGGGCUAUACUAGUGGCAGUUCGAUAUCCAACGAGAGUUUAUUCAUUGGUCUGGAGGGAGUGCUCAUUGUGGUGGCGGUAUUUGCCUUGUGCAUUGGCCACCCAGGUUUUGGUCUAAAGAAAAAGAAAGCUCACAACUACGCCAGUGUCAAUGGCACAGAGUUAAAAUGA